UCCAAACGUGGCCCUGAAGCUUCAUCCUGUGCAAACAGUCACUAUUUCCGAACAACGCACAGAGAUCUCCCAGCAGGCCAGUAACUCAGAUUGCCAGACAAAUGCCUCCGAGGUGCUAGCUACAGGUUUAGAAUGCUUAAACUCUCAUUUCUGGCUGGGUUCUGACCUUCCCAAUGCCCAAGUCCCAAUUUUGACCCAGAAUCCAAAGGAACCUUGCACAUCACCAUCACAGAACUCAACCCAAGACACACAUGGCAUCAGACUGCCUGGUUAUACUUUACAGCCUGGUCAGGAGAUCAGAGCUCAAAACGUCUUGCAGAAUUCACAUCCAAAAGGUUCAUUGGAUUCAAAUGAUGAGAAGCCAUCUCAAGAUGAUGGAUGGCCAUGCACCAGGAUUGUGGGAUUGCAGUCUUGUAGCCUUUUCCCAACUCGAUAUACCAGGAUUGAAAGUAGCAUUCCAAGGUUAGAUCCGAAAGGUACAUUAAGAGAUAUGAGGGCACCUCCAAGUGGACAUGGGUCAUUAGAUACACCUAAAGACUCGACAAGUCUCGGGCUCAAAGAUAACAGCUUCGUUCCCACUCAGGACAUCAGGAUCCCACAGAGACAAAGUACAUUGGAGUUAAGAAAUCACCACAAACUGAGCCCCACUCAACACCAAUCACUGAAUUUGUCUCAGUGCAUUGACCAAGAUGAUGCGCUUCCCACGCCGACACUGUACACCAAUCUCCAGCGAAGACUACAAAAAGGAAGAUCCAGGGUUGCUUCAAGCUUAAAGGAGGUUGGGCCACCAUUGGAGUUGGGUGCCAAUCACAGGAAGCAACAGGACGACUCAAAAUCUAUUGAGUGUUCACGAGUACCAAGAGAAGCGAAGGGAAGACAAUUUCAUGAAGGUUUGGAAGAGGAUAAAAAGGUGGGAACCGGGAUGUCAGAUGUGGUUCAGGAUCCUAAACCCAAGCCAGCCGUUCCGAUGAAACCAUCAGCUGUGGGCUCCCAGCUACUCGGCUAUGUGGGAAUUGAUACCAUCAUCGAGCAGAUGAGAAGGAAGACCAUGAAGACUGGUUUCGAUUUUAACAUCAUGGUCGUGGGUCAGAGUGGCCUGGGGAAGUCGACACUGGUGAACACGCUGUUUAAAUCUCAAGUCAGUCGGAAGUCCUGCGGCAGAAAUCGAGAAGAAAAGGUCCCUAAAACUGUAGAGAUCCGAACAGUUAGUCACGGUGAGGUCACCUACAGUAUGUAUUUCUUCCUAAUUGUGCGGAAGGAGCUGGAUAGCAAUGGAAUUGAGUUCUACCCACAGAGAGAGUUUGAUGAGGACAUGGAAGACAAGAUGGAAAAUGACAAGAUCAGGGAAACCAUGCCAUUUGCCAUUGUCGGCAGUGACACGGAGUAUCAAAUCAAUGGGAAGAGAGUGUUGGGAAGAAAAACCCCCUGGGGCAUCAUUGAGGUUGAGAACGUGACUCAUUGUGAAUUUCCACUUCUCCGGGACCUUAUCGUUAGGACUCACCUCCAAGACCUGAAGGAGGUGACCCACAACAUCUUCUAUGAGACGUAUCGGGCCAAGAGGCUGAACGAAAAUGGGAAUCUGGCCAACGACACAGGGUUUGUUCCAAUGCCCGAAGAGCUUGGAGUGAAAUUGUUAGACAUCUGCAGUACGUAG